AUGUGCCAGUUACUUACAUUAACCAGCAAACCUCACUGUGGGGAGGCAGCUGAAGUCUCAGCAACAUUCUCAACACCUCAGCAAAUAAAACUGAAACUAUCAGCAUGGCUGGAUUCCAGUGGAGGCUGGUUGAGUCAGUACAGACAGCUGGCUCAUUACUUCUCUCUGCUCUGCUUUCUGCUCAUCAUCAUCACACUGUUCCAGACUCUCUGCUUGGUUCAGAUCACCUUGGUGUUCCAGUCGCAAUCAACCCUGCAGGAGACCAAACUGAGAGAUCUGACACACAGACUGGAGAAGCUUAACCAGUCAUAUAACCUCCUGUUCUCCCAGUAUCCAGCUCUGAACCAGUAUUGCCCAGUCAGUAACUCCACCACUAGUGAGAGAGUGUGCAGCCCAUGUCCAGCCGGCUGGACACCUCAGGGAGAGAAAUGUUUCCUGUUCAGUCAGGACAGGGCCGACUGGAUCAGCAGCCAGUACCACUGCAUGGCACUGGGGGGCGCUGUGGUCACAGUCAGGACAGAGGAGGAGCAGGUGUUUCUGUGGAAAAAGGCCCGGAGUCUGAACCAGGGAGACUCGUACUGGCUCGGCCUGAGGAGCAGCGGAGGUGACGGAGGUUGGCAGUGGAGUGAUGGCUCCCCGGUGGAGCAGGGACCAGGGUUUUGGGAGCGUGAGCCCGAUAAAACGGACAGCAGUGAGCUGUGUGGUCGGCUCACCCCGGGAGACACCUACAGAAGGAGCUGGUUCACCUACAGAUGCUCCAACCUGCUGAGGAGAAUCUGUGAGAGGAGACAAGCCUCUCUGCAGUGA